AUGAAGUAUUCAACGUUCUCAGUUCUACUUUCAGCGUCAUUCUUUGGAGCUAUCCAGACCCAAAACCUUUCCCCAGCAUUGCCAUUCUCAACAGGCUUCAACUCAUCAUUCUCCCUCUCUCCAGCUCAGAUCAGAGAAGCCAACCUUUCAGAGACUGUAGCCAGCAGUAUCAACACCGUCAUCAACUUUCAUCAAUCCAGUCUUGCAAACGGUGGUCCUACACAAGAUGACUUCUAUAACCUUCCUGAUAAACCGACUGACCUUCGACCUGGUCAGAUUCUCAAAGUACAGGAAGUAACGGACCCAGCUCCAUUCUCCAUUGCACCUGGAUCGUCCCUUAGCAGAAUCCUCUAUACGACUCGUAACUUUAACGGAACUAUUAUUCCUGCAAGUGCGUAUAUCUUGUGGCCGUUUCUGCCCCGUCAAUUCGAACAAGGGUCUGGUGGUAGAGCGCCCACUAUUCUUUGGGCCCAUGGAACAUCUGGUUUCUUCAUCGACUCUGCACCUUCCGCUCAUCGUGGUCUCUACUACGAGAAUGUCGUACCCCUUUCUCUUGCACAAGAAGGCUAUGCAGUUGUUGCACCGGACUUUGCGGGUCUUGGAGUAGACAAGGCAUGGGAUGGAAGUGACAUUCCGCAUCAGUACUUUGCAACACCUGCUGGUGCACAAGACACUCUCUUUGCGAUGGAGGCAGCCCUUGAGGCUUUCAGAAACCGUCUCAGCGGUAGGUUCGCCAUUAUGGGCCAUAGCCAAGGCGGUGGGAUUGCUUGGGGUGCAGCGGAGGCGCUAGCCAAAGGAAAAGAUACCAGUGGCAGAGGAGCUUUUAAGGACCUUCUGAAGGGAUACGUGGGCACUAUCUCGAUUGCGCCCGUCACAAAACCUUUGUCUACUCCCCGACUCUUCAGCAGCUACAGUGCAUCUGUGGCGUUGUCGAGUAUCUUUCCUGACUUCAACCCCAGUCAAUGGUUGACCCCACUGGGUGUUACGAGGCAGAAGUUGAUGAAGCAGAUCGGGGGUAGUGUUGCAGUUGGGCAGCAACUAUUCUUUACUGAAUCGCAGAGUACAUUUGAGAAAAAGGACUGGUAUAACGCUUCUUACCACGCUGCUGCCUUUGACAAGCUUGGAAUUGUCGGGAACAAGCCAUUCGCAGGUCCUCUUUUGGUAAUCCAAGGUUCCGAGGAUGUCUUCAUCGCAGCUUCGACUACCAACGAAACUGUCGGGAACACGGCCAGUUUGUACCCCAACAGCUCACUGAGUUACAUGUAUGUCGAUAAGUUUGGUCACACUCCAAUCAUCUCUGGUGUUCGAAGCCUUUGGAUGGCUUGGUUGGAGGGCAGGUUCCAGGGCAAGAAGCAGCGAAAGGGACUUGAGAGAUCAUAUGUCAGCGGAUGGUUGGGCGAUACUAGGCAUUUCUUUGGAAGUAAUGGACAUCUCCAGUGGAGUGGAGCUCCAGAAUAUACCUAUCAGAACCCUGGGGCGGUCUAG